CCUGUCCACACACACACACACACACACACACACAGUCUCCUCCACAGCAGGCUGCAGACCUCCGGCUCGCGCUAGCUCUCCCAGUCCAGCCAGCUCUCACGCGGCGCGUCUUACUGGUUUUUGGACUAAAUCUGAACUGGAUUCAGACAGGCUGCCCCGAGACUGGAGGAUCGCGCGCGAACACGGGUCCAAAAAAGACCCAAAGAGAAGUCCGGCCGAGCUGCUCUUUGUGUUAAUGCGCCCUGGAGUCCAGCGCGCGCUGCGGAUAAUGCUGUGAACGGGCUCUGGUGGUUCUGAUGCGCGUUCUGUUGGGUUCUGUUGGCUUCUGCGCGGUUCUACACGUCUCUAUUGGGUUCUGCUGGGGUGUAUUGUGUCCUGUUGGGUUCUGUGAGUGAGGACUGAGGAUGGCGAGUUUUGGGAAGGGGGCUCUGCUGUUCCUCGCGCUCUCGGGAUGUUUGGUUCUGUGCGCGUUCUCGGAGACAGCGGCGGAGGCGCACGAGGAGGAGGAUCAGAGAUCGUGCCAGGGUGCCUUCGAUCUGUACUUCGUUCUAGAUAAGUCAGGAAGUGUGAAGCACCACUGGCAUGAGAUCUACUCUUUUGUUGAGAGUCUGGCAGAGAAGUUUAUCAGCCCGCUGUUACGGAUGUCCUUCAUUGUGUUCUCGUCCAGAGGAAACACCAUAAUGAAGCUGACUGAAGAUAGGGAACGCAUCACAAAAGGCCUGAACGUUUUAAGGAGAGAGAUCCCAGGAGGAGACACGUUUAUGCACCUCGGCCUGGAGAAGGCUAAUGAACAGAUCCAUCAGGAGAAUUUCGGUAAAGCCAGUGUGAUCAUUGCUCUGACGGACGGGGAGCUGAAUGAACAGCAGCUGGUUGCAGCACAACAAGAGGCUGCCAAAGCAAGAGGGCUGGGUGCUAUUGUGUACUGCGUCGGAGUUAAAGACUUCAACGAGACGCAGCUGGCCACCAUAGCGGACACCAUCGAGCACGUGUUUCCUGUGACGGGAGGAUUCCAGGCUCUUAGAGGAGUGAUUGACUCGAUCAUCAAGAAGUCCUGUAUCGAGAUCUUGGCAGCUGAGCCAUCGAGCGUCUGCGCAGGAGAGUCCUUUCAAGUGGUGGUCAGAGGAAACGGCUUCCUCCACGCCAGGAAGAUAGACCAGGUGAUGUGCAGCUUCAAGGUCAAUGACACGGUCACCUUAAAUGUGAAGCCUGAUGGUAUAGAAGACACGUAUCUACUGUGUCCGGCACCGGUCAUAGACGAAGUUGGGAAGGUGGUUUACCUGCAGGUCAGCAUGAACGAGGGUCUGUCGUUCAUCACCAGCUCAGUACACAUCACCACCACCGAAUGUUUUGACGGGACUAUUCUGCUGAUCACCCUGCUGGUCCUCUUCUUGUUAUUGGCUCUGCUGUUCAUGUGGUGGUUCUGGCCGCUCUGCUGCACAGUAGUCAUAAGGGAGCCUCCUCCUCCUCCACCACCAGAGCCAGAGUCUGAUGAUGAAGACGGCAUGCCCAAGAAGAAAUGGCCUACUGUGGACGCGUCAUACUACGGAGGACGAGGAGUCGGAGGGAUAAAACGAAUGGAGGUGCGCUGGGGCGGGAAAGGCUCGACUGAAGAAGGAGCCAAGCUGGAGAAACCCAAAAACGCAGUGGUGAAAAUGCCUGAGCAGGAGUUCGAGCCGUUUGAGCCCAAGCCCAAAAAACACGGGAGCAAGAGAACCGCCCAGGACAGGAAGUGGUAUUCUCCAAUCAGGGGUAAACUGGACGCGAUCUGGGCUCUGUUUCGUCGUGGUUAUGACCAGGUUUCGCUGAUGAGACCACAACCAGGAGAUCAUGGUCGAUGCAUCAACUUUACGCGGGUGAAAGAAGAGGCCGCGAAAGCUCCGCCCCGUACCCAGUGCCCAGCACCGCCUCCGCCGGACUACCGCCCAGCCCCCAACCCCAUGAGUCCACCUCCACAAUCCCCUCCGAAGGGGCCGCCCCAGGCCCAACUGCCACCGGGACCGCCAGGACCACCCCCGGCCCGAGUGCCACCCGGUCCUCCCUGCCCGCCUCCCGCCCGGCCCCCUCCCAAACCCUGAGGCCUGGCAGCACGAGCACCAGCACAGUUCAAUGCAGUUCAUUUAUCCAGCCAAAAUAUGCUUCUCUCACCGUAGAAAACAAACUCAAACCAUGAUAUUUAUCAGUGUCAGGGUUUGGUAGAAGACUCCGGUAUGUGGUUUGUUGCUGGACAGCAAAAAUAAAUAAAUAUUGUAACAAUAUCAAAGAAAAUAACAACUGCAGUAAGGGAAAGAUGCUAAUAUCAACUACUGAAUAUACCACAUGCGGCAACGUCAAUUAAAGCCAAAAUUAGCAUAGUAUCAUCUGGAAAAUAUUCUGAGUGUCUGAGUCUGACUUCUUCAGUUUAAUGUAGGUAACAUUAUAGAUUAGCAUGAUUAGCAUGAUGCUAACUGCAUGCCUGAGUCAAGCCUUUGCCUCAAACCAGCGGUAGCCUAUGUGUAAUGAUUUACGCAUGCAGUUAGCAUGAUGCUAAUUAAUGUUCUGUUUAGCUUCCAUUACUUGUUAGCUACAUUUGCUGUAUAGCUUCAGUGAUAAAAUUAAAGGAGCAGAAACUUCAGAUACUGAAAAUAUCAGUGAUGAUUGACUACAAUUGAAGUCAGAAAGGGAAAUUGUGUUAAUUUGCUUUUUUACUUUAAGAACCGUUUAAGAGUUAAAAAAAAAACAGUAAAAUUAAAGCAGUUUACGUCAUUAUUGACUGUUAGUUGCUUGGCUUUUUGUUCCCAAAGUGAGUAAGUGGGUUGGAUUAAACAGUUCAGUGCAGUUUAGUUUAGUUCAGUUCACAUUCUCAUUUAGUUGUAAUUUAUUUUGUUGUCACGAAGCCGCUUUAGAGAAGUUUGGGCAAUGGAGUCAAGCUUUGGCUAGUUUUGGAUGAACCAAAGGGAAGAGUUUUGGACCAUCGUUUGCUACGUUGUCCCGUUAGAAAAAGAAAAAACGGUGGUUUGUCUCAGGUUAGCCUGUUGCAAGAAUAAUGUAAGUCGCAAAGUUUUGAUAUUUUAUUUGUGUCAAAAUGUGUUAGUCUGAUGCUUUUGGUACGUUGUAGAGUUCAGCAGCUGGAUAAAAUGUGUACGUUUUACAAGUCUGUUUAUUUUACACAAUGUACAAAAUUGUAUUUUAUACAAGUUACAGGAUAAUUAGUAAAAUACACAAUUAUACAAAGAUGCACAUUUUACAGAUUUUACCAAAUUGUGCAUUGUAUACCACUUUUACAAAUUUUGCAAAUUAAAAAAUGUUGGCUAACAAAAGUACAAUUUGACAGUUUGAAGUUUUGCUAAAUUGUAGAUUACAAUUGUGUAGAAGUCUAGAAAAAAAAGUUAAAAUUGUUACAUAUUUUAAAAACUUGUAAGAUUUGUUGAUUAAGUGACAGUUGAGAAUCUGCAGGUGUGGAAAGGUGUGGAGUCCCCAGAUGAUCCAGUUUCAGCUUUGUUUGCUUUUUUUUCCUUCAAUAGCAAGUCCUCUUAAUGUACACAGUCAGGUCAAUAUUUUUCUCAUGAUAAAUGUUCUAUAUUCCCAUGACUGUACUGUAUGUUGAUACUCGUCCUUCCUUCGAGCUUCUUUUUGUAACGUCACCAAGUACACAUCAUGACUGCAGGGCAGUUCACAGUAUCUAAUUUAUUAUCCCCCGGCUACAGUACGUACAGUAAGGGACUUGAAUACGACAAGGUGUCCUCUGUAAACAGCAGGACACUGUGCAUGAACCAAUCCAAAGAAAUCUUUUCUACUGUUCUUUUCUCUCCGUUUAUUUCAUUGCAGUUUGUUUUACACUUUUUUUAUUGUAUUUCCCCCCCCACAUGUGAUUUACACUGUCCGCUGUCGAUUUACACUAUCCGUCAGUCAGUGGUUAGAUUUCCACGUCCUGCCAAAGAAAUCAUUGACUAUAAUUAACUAAAUAUGCAGUGGAAUGGGUUAAUAAAAUGACUACGAACCUUUGCUCUUGUUUACUGCCAAACCAUGUUGCCAGUUAUUUCGUUGUAACCCUUAUUGGUUUUUCAGACACUCAGUCUAAUUAUGUGUGAGCUGUAUUAUUGGAUACAGUAACGCUGUAACGAGUCAUUGUCUCGCAUUGUCUUUUAAUUUAGUAUCGCCUGUUAACAACAGUAUUGAAGCAACUUGUGAAAGGCGCAUAAACUGUUCUCCUUUUUUAUACAUUUAUUAAUAAAAGUCAACUUUCGAGCUUUUA